CAAAUAUAAAUCACAUCACACACAGUCAAUUCAACAAAUCAAAAACGUCUAAGAUGACUGAAACAAUGGCAAAUUGUGUCACAUUUUUAAUCAUCUUUGCUACUCUAGUUUCAAUUUUUGCAUUCACAAAAGCUACGAAAAAUGGUUUUACCAUUGAUCUCAUUCAUAGAGAUUCACCAGAUUCCCCCUUUUAUGAUCCCUCCUUAAGUUAUACGGCGCGAAUGAGGAAUUCAUUUCAUCGCUCUUUGAAUCGUUCUCACAGUUUCUACACACUAUCCUCAGCCGUUGUUGCAUCAAACAACGGAGAGUACCUAAUGAAACUCUCAUUAGGUACGCCCCCUGUGCAUACCUUAGCGGUCGCUGAUACUGGCAGCGACCUCACAUGGACACAGUGUUUACCUUGUAAAAAAUGUUUCAAGCAGCCAACUAAUAUCUUCAACCCGAAAAACUCCUCUACUUAUAAACCCUUACCUUGCAGUUCCAAAAUGUGUCACGCUGAAUUUUCAACGUUCUGUAUCAGGCCAAAAAGGACAUGCGGAUAUCAAGUCAGGUACGGAGAUGAUUCGUACAGUGUAGGCGAUUUAGCAACAGAGACGAUAAGAUUUGGAUCAUCGAGAUACAAAAAGGUCUCGUUGAAAAACACUGUAAUCGGAUGCGGGCAUAGUAAUGCAGGUACAUUCAGUGGUGACAAAGAAUCAGGGAUAGUAGGACUUGGAGGUGGCAAGUUUUCGUUAAUUUCGCAGAUGAGUAAUUCAAUCGAAGGAAAAUUCUCCUACUGUUUGACACCAUUUAUUCAACAACACAACAGUUCUUUUCCAAAAAGCAAAAUACAUUUUGGCAAAAACGCAGUUGUUUUUGGGGAUAAAGUAGUGACAACACCUUUAGUUCAAAAAUUUCCAUCAACCUACUAUUUUCUCACACUGAAAGGUGUAAGUGUGGGUAAAAAGAGACUGGAUUUUCGACAAGUGGGAGAAGGCAACAUUAUUAUAGAUUCAGGAACAGUAUUAACUCUAUUUUCGCCAGAAAUAUACGCGAAAAUUGAAGCAAUGGUGAAGGGACAAAUCAAGUUACCUACUAUAGCAGAUCCAUCUGGUUCGCUAAGUUUGUGCUACAAAUCUUUUUCCAUUGAGAAAAUUCCAAUAAUCACUAUGCAUUUUGUAGGGGGAGAUUUGGUUUUGGGUCCAUUUAAUACAUUCAUAGCGACAAGUGAAGGUUCAUUUUGCUUUGCAUUUGCAGCAUCAUAUGGUGGUCAAAUUUAUGGGAAUAUUGCACAGACUAAUUUCAUGGUUGGUUAUGACUUAGAGAGGAAAAGUGUAUCCUUCAAGGCUACUGAUUGCUCAAAGAAAUUGCAUUAAGUGUUUGCAUUAAUGAUAUAGUAACUCUAUAUUUUGAAGAUUUAAA